AUAUUGACCAUCUAACUUCAGUUGUGAAAUUCUACGGUACACAAAAUUAGCAUUUAUUAAGCGAAGAUGAGGUUAUUAAUUCUCUCGCUCCUCUGCAGCUUUGUAUAUUUGCUCGCACUUCAGACUAGCUGCUUUGCUGCAAAGUUUACGAUGUUUCCUAUGGUGGGUCGGAGUCACUACUUAGUUCUUGCGAGGAUAGGAGAAGAAUUGGAAAGCAGAGGUCAUGAGGUGUUGAUUAUUGUGGGGGAUUGUGAAAAGUUUGCUGCGAAGGACCCCCGUGUACGAACAUUCAAGUGCUCAGAAGAUCUCACCAAACUUGACCCAACCAAGAUAGAUCACUUGAUGAAGUUUUGGUUUGACAACUGCGAUGCAAUACUCAGCAACCCUGAGAUCAUGAACCGAGUCAAAUCUUCUGAUGCUGUUAUUGGAGAUGCUGCGUUCCAGUGCUCGUAUUUGAUCGCCGAUAAAUUCUCCUUACCACAUGUUACAGUCUUGAUGAGUCCUCUCAGUACCGGUUCGGUGUUGCAGUUAAACUUUGCACAACUUCCGUCCUACAUACCCCAGUUCACCUCCGGAUUCACCGACCACAUGAAUUUUCUUCAGAGAGUGAAGAAUACCAUGCAACACUUAUUUCAUCAAUUGAUGGUUCUUCCGAAAAUAGACAACGUCUACGGACCGCUAAAGAAGAAGUAUAACAUCACACCAGAGAAAUCCCUCCGAGAGACUUACCAAAAAAUUGACCUUGUCCUUGUUCAAUCGGAUCCCCUCGAUUAUCCAAGGUUUCAUUUACCGAAUACUAAACUGGUUGGUCCAUUACUCUCAAGUCCGGCCAAACCCCUCCCAGGUGAUCUUCAGCAGUUUGUCAUGGGGUCUGGGGACGAAGGUGUUAUACUUGUGUCGUUUGGAUCGAUUCUGUCUCAGAUAGACGAUCAAACAAUUGAAAGAAUGGCAGCUGUGUUUUCUAGCUUACCACAGAGAGUUAUCUGGAAACUUGAUGCAGAGGGCAAAAGUUUGCACCUUGGCGACAACGUCAAAGUGUCUUCCUGGCUUCCACAGAACGACAUUCUCGGUCAUCCAAAGACACGUCUGUUCAUUGGCCAUGCUGGAAUGAAUGGAAUGUUGGAGGCUGCUUACCAUGGAGUCCCUAUGAUUUGUGUGCCUUUCUUUGGAGACCAGUUUGACAACUCUGUGGCCGCAAAGCACUUUGGGAUGGCGGAAUUUUUGUACAAGGAGUCAAUAACUGAGGAGAGUCUUGUAAAGUUAAUAAACACUGUUCUUAACAAACCAAGUUACCGCGAGAAUGCUGUCAGAAUUUCCAGGUCUAUCAAGCUGCGCCCGCGUUCUGCUAUAGAGGCAGCCGCUGACUGGGUGGAGUACGCGCAAGCUCUAGGUGACUUGUCGUUCCUCAGACCACGAAGCCUGGAUCUACCAUUUUAUCAGCUUUACCUUUUAGAUGUAUUAGCUCUGUUUCUUUUGCUGUCAAUCAUCGUUGUAGUCGCUGUUUAUAUAGUGCUCAGGUGUUUGUAUCGUUUUUGCUGCAACAAGAAGCCGAUGAAAGAAAAGCCGAACAUCGUAUUGUUGUUUGCAUAUCAAACUAUUAGCUUUGCUGCAAAAUUUGCGAUGAUUCCAAUGGCUGGUAAGAGUCACUACUUGGUUCAUGCAAGGCUUGGGCAAGAGCUGGAAAACAGAGGACACGAGGUGCUGAUUGUCGUUGGAGAACGUGAGACGUAUGCUGCAAAAGACCCACGUGUUCUAACAUUCAGUUCCCCAGAUGAUAUCAACAAACUUGACAUCACCAAGAUAGACAACCUAAUGAAGUUAUGGUUGUACAAUUGUGAUGCAAUACUCAGCAACCCUGAUGUCAUGAACCAAAUCAAAUCCUCCGAUGCUGUUAUUGGAGAUGCGCUGUUCUUGUGUUCGUUUUUGAUCGCCGAUAAAUUCUCCUUACCUCAUGUUACAGUCUUGAUGAGUCCACUUAGUUCCGGUUCAAUAUUACCGUUGAACUUUGAAAACCUCCCUUCUUACCAACCCCAGUUCACCUCAGGUUUCACCGACCACAUGAAUUUUCUACAGAGAGUAGAGAACACUGUGCUAUGCCUUAUUCAAGCGAUAGUUCCUUACAAUAUUGACGGAGUCUAUGAGACACUGAAGAAGAAGCACAACAUUACACCAGAGAAAACUCUCCAGGAGACUUACCAGAAAGUUGACCUUAUCCUUGUUCAAUCAGGUCCCCUCGAUUAUCCAAGGCCUCUUUUACCGAAUACUAAACUUGUUGGCCCAUUGCUCUCAAGCCCAGCCAAACCUCUCCCAGAUGAUCUUCAACGGUUUGUCAUGGGGUCUGGGGACGAAGGUGUCAUACUUGUGUCGUUUGGAUCGAUUUUGUCAGAGAUAGACGAUCGGACAAUUGAAAGAAUGGCAGCUGCGUUUUCCAACUUACCACAGAGAGUUGUCUGGAAACUUGAUACAGAGGGCAAAAGUUUGCGCCUUGGCGACAACGUCAAAGUGUCUUCCUGGCUUCCACAAAACGACAUUCUCGGGCAUCCAAAGACACGUUUGUUCAUUGGCCAUGCUGGAAUGAAUGGAAUGUUGGAGGCUGCUUACCAUGGAGUCCCUAUGAUUUGUGUUCCCUUUUUUGCCGACCAGUUUGACAACUCUGUGGCCGCAAAGCACUUUGGGAUGGCGGAGAUUUUGCAUAAGGAGUCAAUAACUGAGGAGAGUCUUGUGACGUUAAUAAGCACUGUUCUUAACAAUCCAAGCUACCGCGAGAAUGCUGCUAGAAUUUCCAAGUCUAUCAAGUUGCGCCCACGUUCUGCCAUCGAGGAGGCCGCUGAAUGGGUGGAGUACGCGCAGGCUCAAGGUGACUUAUCGUUCCUCAGACCACGAAGCCUGGAUCUACCAUUUUAUCAGCUUUACCUUAUGGACGUAUUCACUCUUUUUAUUUUCCUGUUAAUCAUCGUUGUAGCCGCUGUUUAUUUACUGCUCAGGUGUUCCUAUCGCUUGUGCCUCAGGAAAAAGCUGAUAAAAGAAAAGUCGUUCUAA